CGAAUACUAAGGUCCUUUGGCCAAAAUGAAUCCUACUUUAGUGCUCAUCGUUUUAAGCAUAGCAGAGAUGCAUGCUUAUGCUGCUCCUCAAGGUGCACCAAUUCCUCAGAAUUAUUAUAAUCCACCACCGGACAUACCUCCAACUUCACACCCUGCUUCAGCAGCACCAGCUAACACACCAUUUGCAUACCAACGGUAUCCACCCAACUUCUACCCCGGGAAUACACCUCGAACUCCCCCGUUCUACUCUGGCUUCAAAAAUCUCAACUACCCCGUUCAUCCGAUUCCUAACAAUCCCGCCCCAAGAGUCCCCUUAUCUCAACCAGUACAACCUGUUCCAGUUCAAGUACCUAUAACACAAAGUGUUCCAAUAGCAAGCCCACUUCCACUCUUACCUCAGCCCAUUGUACCAAAUGUUCUAAUACCAAAAAAUACAGCUCAGACAACAACCUACACUAGCAAUGCGUCCAGACGCAUUUUUAAACGCAGAGCGCCUAUAAGUGGAUCUAACAGUUAUAGUUACAUCUACAUAUCUGGCUAUAGCUCCGCUUCAGCUAGUGGAAACAAGUUAAGAACUAGCUCUAGUGAAAACACAGCUGGAUGGACUUCAGGAUUUGGCCCAGGAUUAGGAUCUGACACAAACACUGGAGGAAACACAGGAGGAACUAGCUCUGGCUCUGGUUCAGGAUCACGCUCAGGCUCAGGAUCUUGCUCAGGCUCAGGAUCAUGCACAGGCUCAGGAUCAUGCACAGGCUCAGGAUCAUGCUUAGGCGCAGGAUCAUGCUCAGGCAAAGGCCCAGGAUCAUGCUUAGGCCCAGGAUCAGGCACAGGCCCAGGAUCAUGCUUAGGCCCAGGAUCAUGCACAGGCUCAGGAUCAGGCUCAGGCUCAGGAUCAUGCUUAGGCGCAGGAUCAUGCUCAGGAAAAGACUCAGGUAAAGGCCCAGGAUCAUGCCCAGGCCCAGGAUCAUGCUCAGGCUCAGGAUCAGGCCCCGGCUCAAAAUCAUGCUCAGGCACAGGAUCAUGCUCAGGCUCAGAAUCAGGCUCAGGUGCAGAAUCAUGCUCAGGCACAGGAUCAUGCUCAGGCUCAAGAUCAGGCUCAGGUAAAGGAUCAUGCUCAGUCGCAGGAUCAUGCUCAGGACCAGGGUCACUAUCUCUGGUGGAAACAUAUUAGGAACUAGCUCUGGCUCUGGCUCAGGCUCAGGCUAAGGCCCAUGCUCAGGAACCAGCACAAGAGGAACUAGCUCUGGAUUAGAUAGACUAAAUUUUGUACGAUUUCUAUAUAUAGAUCCGUAUAAGGCUUUCAAAUUCCAGUUAUUGAACCAGUCAUCCCCGGAAUCGUACCUUACCCGCAAUCAAAGGGCAAACUGUGCAUUUGCUUCAGUAACUACUUACAGAUGCCAGCAGUCAUUCUCAAUCAAUUUAGAUUUUACUAACCCGACAUUUAUAAGUAAGCAAGCAUUUUAAAAAUCAAUCUAUGUAUUGAACCAAAAAUAUUAAUAAAUCAAUAGAGCAA